GUUCCGUCCUACCGGAGGCAGAAGGCGGAGAGCUCGGUGUCUGCGCGCGGAUAUGCACCGGAGAGCCUGAAAGCAAACACAGCUUCAGAGUCCAGCUUCACACCGACACACACCGGGAUUUAUUCACGCGGACAGUCCGGAGCUUCACGCGGAUCUUUGACGGGACCAUCAGACGUGAUCAGCUGCUCUGCAAACAGUGGGCUGUGAUGGUGUGACUCUGACUGGAUGAGACCCCGUCUGUUCAUCCACCCCUUCAUCCAUCCGUCCAUCGCUCCGUCAGCUGGAGGAGAGAUCUGAUGAGAGGAGAGCAGAGGGAGGAGAGAAGAGACGACCUGAGAUGGCCAGCGCAGCUGACAGUGUAGGCAGUCUCGGAGCUGAGCAGAACCACCUGAGUGUCCCGGUCUCGGAUCAUGGAGCCUGGGCGACGGCCAUGAACAACCUGGGCAUCAUGCCGAUGGGAAUCAGCAGGCAGCCGCUGGUUUCAGAGUCUCUGUGCAUCCAGAGGUUCGAGCCCGGCCUCGGUCUCCUCACUCCCAUCAACCCCAUGAUGGCGGGAAUCAGCCUGGUCCCGCCCCCUCCCAUCCCCCCUGACAUGCCCGUCAUCAAAGAGAUCAUCCACUGCAAGAGCUGCACGCUGUUCCCCCAGAACCCCAGCCUGCCCCCUCCGUCCACCCGGGAGCGCCCCCCCGGCUGUAAGACGGUGUUUGUCGGAGGUCUGCCGGAGAAUGCCACAGAGGAGAUCGUCAGGGAGGUGUUUGAUCAGUGCGGAGAGAUCACCGCCAUCCGAAAGAGCAAGAAGAACUUCUGUCACAUCCGCUACAGCGAGGAGUUCAUGGUGGACAAAGCCAUCUACCUGUCAGGGUAUCGGAUGCGAAUCGGCUCCAGCACCGAUAAAAAAGACUCGGGGAGGAUCCACGUGGACUUUGCUCAGGCCAGGGACGACCUGUAUGAGUGGGAGUGUAAACAACGCCUGUUCGCCCGAGAGGAGCGCCACCGACGCAAGGUCCACGAGGAUCGCCUCCGACCGCCGUCUCCCCCGCCCAUCGUGCACUACACAGAGCACGAGGCGGGGCUGCUGGCAGAGAGGCUAAAAGGUGAGAUGAUCUUUAAUUUCUGCGAUGCCACGGCGGUUCUUUACACGUGGAUCGACCGCGGCGAGGUGAACCGACGCACCGCCAAUCACUUCUACUCCAUGAUCCAAUCAGCAAACAGCCACGUGCGCAGGCUGAUGGGAGAGAAAGCUCAGCACGAGGAGGAGAUGGAGCGGGCCAAGGAGACGUUCAAGAACGCCCUGAUAGCGAUCCUGACACAGUUCGAGCAGAUCACCACCGUUUUCACCGCCGCCACCAGACAAAAGGCAUGGGACCAUUUCUCAAAAGCUCAGCGCAAGAACAUAGACAUGUGGAGAAAACAGUGUGAGGAGCUGAGGAACGCUCACAGUGAGGAGAUCAUGGGUAUCAGACGGGAGGAGGAGAUGGAGAUGUCCGACGACGACUCCGAGGAGAAUCCCUGCAAGAGGCCGCGCACAGAGAACGGAGUGUGUGACCCCGCGUCUCUGAGGGAGGAGAACGACUCCCUGCGCUGGCAGCUCGACGCCUACAGGAACGAGGUGGAGCUACUGAGGAAGGACACGAGAGGAGCCGGUCGCCCUGACGACGACCACAUGCUGACACACGCUCAGACGCACAGUCCCGAGGCUCAGAUCCAGCUGCUGCAGCAGAGCAUGCACAACAUGCAGCAGCAACUCCUGAGUCUGCAAGAGAAGCUGAAGAGCAAAGAGGCGGAGCUGGAGCAGGCCAGAGACGAGCAUCGCCACCUGGAGGGGGAAGUGCUUACGCUCAGAGACAAGUUGCUGGGCAGCAGUGUGGAGGCGGUGGACGGGACCAACGGAGAGCUGCAUGAAAAGGGUGUGAACGGGUGUGUUCCCGCUCUGUUCCUCAGCAGAGAGAGGAGGAGUGAGGUCAUCAUGAGGGGAGGAGCCACUUCGGAGAAGGAGGCGCUGCUUCUGGGCAUCAUCUCGACCUUCCUCCACGUCCAUCCAUUUGGAGCGAACCUGGAGUACCUGUGGUCGUACAUUCAGAGACUGGACUCGAAGGUAGAGGUGUGUCUGCGGGGGGAGUUGGAGCGUCUCAUGGUUCGCCUGCCGUCGAUGUUCCGUCAGGAGCUGAGCGGCGUCGGAGCGACUCUGGAGAAACGCUGGAAGUUUUGUGGAUUUGACAGUUUGGGUUCGGCGUGACGAAGGCAGAACACACACACACUCUGAGGACGUGUUGGGACGCAGUGUUUGUGUGUGUGUGUGUGUGUGUGUGUGUGUGUGUGUGUAUGUGUGUGUGUGUUGGAUAUAUUCUGCAGGACGAUGAGGAUGUUGACCGAGGCAGACACUGGACACUCUGGACGAGACAACAGACUCACUUUCUGGUUUUGAAAGAACAAUACCAAAGUUUCCUCUCUUCUGUUUGAUAAAAAGUGUUGAUGAGGAGACAAUGAAGAGGAGACGAUGAAGGUGUUUCUAGUUUGUCUCUUUUUGUUGCCCUCAGAUCAAAAAGACGAAGCGAUGUAAAGGAAGUCAAGACGACGAUGAAGUGAUUUUGUAUAAAAACAUAAAGUUUGUUUUCUUAUUUAAAUAAAGUUGUUGUAAAGAAUGA